UUAUCGUUUUGAUUCAUAGGUGUCUAUGUGGGCAUUGCCAGCACAAAUGCAGUAAUUCACCAUCGUGAAAAUUCGCCUGCGUACCUAACUAACUACCUAACUUAAAUAACUAACUAACUAAAUAAAUAAAUGUCCUAAUCACUAAUUCUCUCGCUGUAUCACUAUCAACACAACUCAGCGACCUGGGGAGACAUCUCCCUCUUAUGACGUCAAGCGAUUCGUUUGGGGGGAGGAGCAGUUUUAAAAGGUGCAACCAGACGUUGUUUGCCAACUGCCAUACAAGAAGAAGAAGGUUAAAAUAUUAGCUUGGGUGAUUUCAGAGUCAACUAUGGAAGACGGUAUUUUGAUUUUAAGUUCAUAAUGGAGUAUCGAAAAUACCUUACCACGGGCGCAGCAGUUCCUGCGCGAACAGCACGUCGAUGGAAAAGGUCAGCGGCAUGUCCAGGCUCCCCAAGGAGAAAAAAAGUAUGUGAUUCUGCUGUUACCCUAAGUGAUCCUGCACGCAUCUCCUGUGGUCCUGCACUCGACUCCCGUCACCCUGGUCCUGCACUCGACUCACUUAAUCCUGAUCCUGCACUCGUCUCCUCUGAUCCUGCACCCGACUCACAUGAUCCUGCACUCGUCUCCUGUGAUCCUGCACUCGACUCACAUGAUCCUGCACUCGUCUCCUGUGAUCCUGCACUCGACUCACAUGAUCCUGCACUCGUCUCCUGUGAUCCUGCACUCGACUCACAUGAUCCUGCACUCGUCUCCUGUGAUCCUGCACUCGACUCACAUGAUCCUGAUCCUGUACUCGACUCACAUGGUCCUGAUCCUGCACUCGACUCACAUGAUCCUGCACUCGACUCACAUGAUCCUGAUCCUGCACUCGACUCACAUGGUCCUGAUCCUGCACUCGACUCACAUGAUCCUGCACUCGUCUCCUGUGAUCCUGCACUCGACUCACAUGAUCCUGCACUCAUCUCCUGUGAUCCUGCACUCGACUCACAUGAUCCUGAUCCUGCACUCGACUCACAUGGUCCUGAUCCUGUACUCGACUCACAUGAUCCUGCACUCGUCUCCUGUGAACCUGCACUCGACUCACAUGAUCCUGCACUCGUCUCCUGUGAUCCUGCACCCGACUCACAUGAUCCUGAUCCUGCACUCGACUCACAUGAUCCUGAUCCUGCACUCGACUCACAUGGUCCUGAUCCUGUACUCGACUCACAUGAUCCUGCACUCGUCUCCUGUGAACCUGCACUCGACUCACAUGAUCCUGCACUCGUCUCCUGUGAUCCUGCACCCGACUCACAUGAUCCUGCACUCGUCUCCUGUGAUCCUGCACCCGACUCACAUGAUCCUGCACUCGUCUCCUGUGAUCCUGUACUCGACUCACAUGAUCCUGAUCCUGCACUCGACUCACAUGAUCCUGCACUCAUCUCCUGUGAUCCCGCACUCGACUCACUUAAUCCUGAUCCUGCACUCGUCUCCUGUGAUCCUGCACUCGACUCACAUGGUCCUGAUCCUGCACUCGACUCACAUGAUCCUGCACUCAUCUCCUGUGAUCCCUUUUCGACUCACUUAAUCCUGAUCCUGCACUCGUCUCCUGUGAUCCUGCACUCGACUCACAUGAUCCUGAUCCUGCACUCGACUCACAUGAUCCUGAUCCUGCACUCAUCUCCUGUGAUCCCGCACUCGACUCACUUAAUCCUGAUCCUGCACUCGACUCACAUGAUCCUGAUCCUGCACUCGACUCACAUGAUCCUGAUCCUGCACUCAUCUCCUGUGAUCCCGCACUCGACUCACUUAAUCCUGAUCCUGCACUCGUCUCCUGUGAUCCUGCACUCGACUCACAUGAUCCUGCACUCAUCUCCUGUGAUCCCGCACUCGACUCACUUAAUCCUGAUCCUGCACUCGACUCACAUGGUCCUGAUCCUGUACUCGACUCACAUGAUCCUGCACUCGACUCACAUGGUCCUGAUCCUGUACUCGACUCACAUGAUCCUGCACUCGACUCACAUGGUCCUGAUCCUGUACUCGACUCACAUGAUCCUGCACUCGACUCACUUAAUCCUGAUCCUGCACUCGUCUCCUGUGAUCCUGCACUCGACUCACAUGAUCCUGAUCCUGCACUCGACUCACAUGAUCCUGUACUCGACUCACAUGAUCCUGAUCCUGCACUCAUCUCCUGUGAUCCCGCACUCGACUCACUUAAUCCUGAUCCUGCACUCGUCUCCUGUGAUCCUGCACUCGACUCACAUGGUCCUGAUCCUGUACUCGACUCACAUGAUCCUGCACUCAUCUCCUGUGAUCCCGCACUCGACUCACUUAAUCCUGAUCCUGCACUCGACUCACAUGGUCCUGAUCCUGUACUCGACUCACAUGAUCCUGCACUCGACUCACAUGGUCCUGAUCCUGUACUCGACUCACAUGAUCCUGCACUCGACUCACAUGGUCCUGAUCCUGCACUCGACUCACAUGAUCCUGAUCCUGCACUCGACUCACAUGAUCCUGCACUCAUCUCCUGUGAUCCUGCACUCGACUCACUUAAUCCUGAUCCUGCACUCGACUCACAUGAUCCUGCACUCAUCUCCUGUGAUCCUGCACUCGACUCACUUAAUCCUGAUCCUGCACUCAUCUCCUGUGAUCCUGCACUCGACUCACAUGGUCCUGAUCCUGUACUCGACUCACAUGAUCCUGCACUCGACUCACAUGGUCCUGAUCCUGCACUCGACUCACAUGAUCCUGCACUCUUCUCCUGUGAUCCUGCACUCUUCUCCUGUGAUCCUGCACUCGACUCACAUGGUCAUGAUCCUGUUCUCGACUCCUCUGAUCCUGGUCCUGCACUCGACUCACAUGAUCCUGAUCCUGCACGCGUCUCCUGUGAUCCUGCACUUGUGUCACCUGAUCCUGAUUCUGCACUCAUUAGUACUAUAUCGGUCUGUGAAGAACCUCCCCUCUCAUUCAUACCACCAGUCCACAAAACCUCUACAAACACUUCCUGUGCAAAUGGGCAGGUACGGCAAACUGCUACUGUCGAGGAUACAAGAAAACAGCAUGAGUUGCUACUUCUUGCUUUAAAACUCAAGCAUGGACUGACUGAUGAAGCUUUAGAAGACACACUUAAAGUUGUUAACGUUAUAAGUCAGAGGCAUGCUGUGUCAUCUACCAAACAUCACUUUUACAAAACUUUUG